AUGCCGCCUCGCAAAUCAGCAAAGACGGAGUUUGAGCCCAAGGCAUUGGUUCUAUCGAAAAUGACAGGUUUCCCCGCCUGGCCGUCAUUUGUGAUGCCCUCAGAUAUGAUCCCGCCCGCCAUCAUGAAAGCAAAGAAGAAAACCACCAACACGUGUGUCAUCUUCAUACCCGAUGGCGACUUCAACUGGAUGAAUGAAAAGGGCUUGGAGCUUCUAACGCCGGCAAAGCUUGACACUUACUUGCUGAAGGUCCCCAAGGACAAACUCAAAAACAAGCCCAAGAAGAAAACCGGUCGCACGAAUAAUGUUGCCGAAGCCUACAUUGCAGCCAAAGGCUUACAAUUUGACGAAUUUAUGGAUGAACUUGCCGCCGUCAACAAGGGCGUUGCAGGAGAAAAUGAUGAUGAAGAUGACGAAGAGGAGGAAGAUGAAGUGGACGAGACAGGCGAGGCCGAAGAUGCCCACGACAACGACGACGCUGCCAACAACUCGAUAGAACAUGAGUCUGACACGGACUCUAAAAAGGGAAGACCAUUGCCGAAAGCUCGCAGAAGAGGAGGUUUAAGAAGCUCCUCUCGCAAUGGCAAUGGGAAUGCCCAAAGCACCCUGGAAGAGGAGCCAAUUGAAGACGAGAAGGAUAGUGACGAAGAGUCCGACAGCUCACGAUCCAGAAAGAGAACUCGUGGGACUGCUUCAUCGGCGCCUCCCAAAAAGCGUGUUGUGUCCAACUCCUCAGUGACGGAAGAGACCAACGGCAGCGGCAAUGGCAAUGGCCGCUCAGCAUCGCCCAAACCCAUCUCCGAGAAGGAUAGACAGCAUCAGUUGUGGUUGUGCCGGAUCAAACUACAACGAUCUCUCAUUCAAAGAAACCAGCCUGUGACGCCAAAGGACCCCAAGCAGUUCCCACCUCCCACAGUUGACGAGUUGCUGGUAGCCAGAUUGAUAUUGCAUCGUCUUGCCGACUUCCCCUUGAACGUGGAGCUUUUGCGCGAGACCAAGAUCCACAAAGUGUUGAAAUGCAUUCUCAAGGAUGAAGAUUUAGCAUACGAGGAGAGCUUCAAGUUGCACGAGAAGUGCAAUGAGCUCUUGGACAAGUGGAAGGAUAUGAUCGAGAGCCUCAAGCUCGAGAAACAGGCAAAAUACGAGUCCCGCUUGAGCAGCCAGGCUCCAGAAGACACGGAGAUCACUCCCAAGUCGCUCAAGGGCGAAGAUGCAGAAAAACACGUCUUUGAGACCGCCGAUGCUGGUGCCGCUUUGACCUUCCCAAUGCAGUGUUCUGCCUUGAGAAAGAACGGUCACGUUGUCAUCAAGGGCAGACCUUGUAAGAUUGUCGACAUGUCCACCUCCAAGACCGGUAAGCACGGUCACGCCAAGGUCCACUUGGUCGCCAUUGACAUCUUCACUGGCAAGAAGUUGGAGGACUUGUCCCCAUCUACCCACAACAUGGAGGUUCCUAACGUUUCUAGACAGGACUACCAGUUGUUGGACAUUGACGAUGGUUUCUUGUCUUUGAUGACCGCUGACGGUGACACCAAGGACGACGUCAAGGUCCCUGAGGGUGACAUUGGUGACAAGAUCCAGAACGACUUUGACGAUGGUAAGGACUUGAUCAUCUCUGUCAUCUCCGCUAUGGGUGAGGAGGCUGCUAUCUCCCACAAGGAGGCUCCAAAGGGUGCUUAA